AUGUCAACUUCAAAAACACAUUUAAUCGAGGAUCUGAUAGCGAGUGAAGAUGUCGCGUUUUUCCCGUAUACUCAGUUCAGCAACAUCACGCAUAUUAGUCCUGGAAUUUAUAGUCCAGAAUGGAAUGUCAAGUGGACGACACGAAAUAUUAAUGUACAACUACAAAGCUUGAAUCACGUUUUUGAAAAAGAUGACGAGACGAUACAAAAAUUUAUUAAACAAUUACGAGAAGUUGCAAAACUUCCUUCUCACAAUAACAUUCUGACAUUUUAUGGUCUUACUAAAGAUACAGAGAAACAAAUAUAUUAUGUUAUACUUGAAUCAACAGAGAAUGGACUGCCACUGCCAGAAUUCCUAAAAAAAUCAACAACACUUUCCUGGAUAGAAAAAUUCAAACUUGCCAAACAAUUAUCUCUCGGAAUCCAACAUUUGCACAAUAAUUCAAUUGUAUUUAGAGAGUUGAAUACUUAUCGUGUUAUUGUGGAAGAAGGGGAUCUUAAAAUUGCGGGCGUUGGUUUAUCUAUCGCGACUGAUGAAUCGAUGUUUAAUGGUGCUCUGCUAUAUAAAGAUCCAUGGAUUCUUCAAGAUUCCGCUUACAAGAUAAAGAAAAGUUCUGAUAUCUAUAGUCUAGGUAUUCUAUUUUGGGAAUUGACUAGCGAACGACGACCUUUUGCAAAUGAUCCACGAGAAAUGUCAAAAUUAACGACAAGUAUAAUGAAUGGGGAGCGGGAAUCGCCAAUAGCGGAUACACUCAAAGAAUAUUCGGAUUUAUAUCAAUGUUGUUGGGAAAGGAACGCGGAUAAACGUCCAUCGAUUGGACAAGUCGUUCAGGCGCUUUCAUUAAUUGAAACAGGAAAUGCAAUAUUUAAAAGGGAUUCCGAUAGAUUUGAAUUUAUGGAGAUAAUAAACGAACUAGACGACAAGGGUGACGAUAUUAUUGAUGACAACGACGACGACGACAACAACAAUAAUGUUAAUUCAAAUUAUAAUAUGGAAAGCGAAGCGACAUUUGAAUUCGUCGAAGUCAUUGAUGAUAAUGCACAAGAUUCAAUGAAUUAUCAGACUCUAGCUGACGAUGACGCUGGGUCGCUUUAUGCUCGCGGAAGCGUCUAUUCACAAUUUUCUCAAAGCUCGCAUCAUCAAAAAACAACUACUAAAGAAAGAAGAAUACCAAGAGAAAUUGUGUUUCCGGGUGAGGAAAAAAUUGAACGAAAAUGGUGGCAUUCGGUUUUAUGGUGUGUUUAA